AUGAAGCCACGAUUGCUGCGGCUCGUGCCGCUCUUCUUUGUCAUUCUCUCGCUAUUCCUAUCCGUAUCGUCGACGCAAUUCCGUGGAAGUGAUCGGGCCCAUUCGCAGCGGCCGUUGCGCGACCGCGCCAUACAGUCAGACAGCUGGGGGAUACCGGACAAAGAUGGAGGCAGAGGCACAAGGUCAGCAGCGCUGGCUUUCGAUGAGGCAACGGCGCUCCUGCGCAAGAUCCGCCCGGCGAGCGCGCCGUGGUGGAAUUUCAAGAAGUCGGGCGUGCUCGGGACCAGCGCAUACUAUGCAAAGGAGCUCUUCUUCCUUCUGUUCAUGAACGGGCCCCCGCAACAUGACCUCCUGACAACCGACCCGCACCCGAAGAAACUCGGCCAUUCGCUGUCACAAGCCGUCAAGCUGCUGGAAGAGGCAGCGGCGGAUAAGAACCCGGACGCCAUGUUCACGCUCGCCGAGAUGAACUUCUAUGGCAACUAUACGCAUCCUAGGAACUAUUCCGAAGCCUUCCGAAGGUACCAUGAGCUCGCUACGUUGAACGGAAACGCCUCGGCACAGUACAUGGUUGGCUUCAUGUACGCUACGGGAAUAGGUGGAGCUGUAAAGCAGGACCAAGCGCGAGCUCUGCUAUACCACACCUUGGCAGCAGAAGGCGGAGAUAUCCGAUCCGAAAUGACCGUCGCGUACCGUUACUCCUCCGCCAUAGCGACCCCGCGAAAUUGCGAAGACGCCGUUUAUUACUACAAGAGCGUUGCGGAUAAAGCGAUCAAGUACACGCGCUCUGGGCCCCCGGGAGGACACACGCUGCCAAGGGAGUCAUACAGAAUCGCGGACGAGGAAGGAGGCAUAUACGGCGAAGGCGCCAGCGUUAGCAGCUCUGGGCCCAACGCGAGGCAUGGCAGCGUCGUUUCGGACGCCUACUCCUCUCUGGAUGACGUGGUCGAAUACAUGGACCUCCAGGCAAGGAAAGGCGAUUUGAGAGCAAGCUUCAACCUCGCGAAGCUAAACUAUGACGGCGCUCGUUCAUCGCAACGCAACCUCCCCGAGGCCAAGAAGCGUUUCCUGGAAAUCGCCCGCAUGUACUGGACCAAGGAUGGAAAGACAAAGCCGAACGUCUCUGCUAGCACUGCAAAGCUGGCCUCCAAGGCCGCCGGAUACCUGGGACGCAUGUUUCUCCGCGGCGAAGGCAUGCCACAGAGCUUUGCCAUCGCCAAGACCUGGUUCACUCGAGGUAUCGAGCACGGAGACGCCCUGUCGCAGUACUCUAUGGGGCUCAUGUACCUCAACAACCUCGGAGUCCCCAAAGACCCCGUGAAAGCAGCUGACUUCUUCGGAGCAGCUGCGGAUCAGGACCUUCCCCCGGCGCAGGUUCGGCUUGGUGCCCUGUUCCUAGACCAAGGCGACGUCCAAACGGCACUCAAAUACUUCGAUCUUGCGGCGCGACAUGGUCACCUUGAGGCCUACUACUACCUCGCUGAGCUCACCCGUUACGGUGUGGGUAAAGACAAGUCAUGUCCUGUGGCGUCUGCAUAUUACAAGAUUGUAGCCGAAAAAGCCGAAGCCAUCUCGACCUCUUUCCCGGAAGCCAACGACGCGUACAAUGACGGCGACCUUGAGACGGCACUUGUAGGGUAUAUGAUGGCCGCCGAACAGGGGUUUGAAGUCGGCCAGGCGAACGUGGCAUAUCUGCUCGACCAAGCCAAAACCCGCGUCACACUGAGCUCGCUAAUUCCGUUUAUGAAGAGGAAGGCUGCCCUGGCUAGCGAUGCCUUCCUUGCAUUGAUCUACUGGACUCGCUCUGCCGAGCAGAAGAACGUGGACUCUAUGGUCAAGCUUGGGGAUUACUAUCUUCAGGGUCUAGGCACUUCCCCUGACCAGGAAAAAGCGGCUGCAUGUUACCAGGCGGCGAUGGAAGAAGUCCCACCGAGUGCGCAAGCGAUGUGGAACCUUGGGUGGAUGCAUGAAAAUGGCAUCGGCAUUGAACAGGACUUCCAUCUCGCGAAAAGGCACUACGACUUAGCGCUCGAGACAAACCCGCGUGAGGCAUACCUCCCCGUGGUAUUGGCAUUGUACAAGCUCAGGUUUCGAAGUUGGUGGAAUACGGUCACGCACGGCAAUGUCAAAUCCAUCCAGGAGGAGCCAGUGAUCAAGAAAGACUGGUCGCUCUCUGAAUGGUUGGCCGCGUUCCUUGAAGCCGAGAUCGCAGGCUGGGACAAUCUUGAACCCGACGACUACGAAGAGACGCAUAUGCCCGGAGGCGAUGAUGACUAUGGCUACGAUGAUAUAGAUUCCGAGAUCCUCGAAUCACUCGUUAUUCUUGCGCUCACGGGCGUUCUGGCCUUUUUGGUAUACUACCGCGGACAGAGGCAACGGCGACAAGAAGAGAGACGACGGCAGCAGCAGCAGCAACAACAGCAACAGCAACAGCAGCAAAACCAAGGCCAAGCUCCUGCUGGCCAACCGCAGCAGCAGAAUCAGCAGCCGCAGCAACCAGAAGAUCGAGGUAUGUUUCCUCAUCCGAACGAUCCUGAGUUCAUGAAUUGGGCGGCGGGUGCGAUCGGGCACUAA